GCUGGAUUUUUUUUCUGCCUGACAAGUAUAUAUGGGUUCUGUGUUUACUGUUAGCUAGUUAGAUCUUUUAGCUUUUGUCACCACCAGAAAGUCACAAUGUCCCGUCUACUUUGUUUGCCAUAACUGAUCUGGCGGCAUAUAUUGUAAAAGUUAGUGAUACACUAUUUCUCAAAUACAGAGUUUUUAUCCAUACUUUUUUUGUUUUUGUUUUGUCCACUAACUGAAGAGGAAGCCUCAUCUGGAAACAUCUGCUCAAGUUAAGUGAAGGCGUUCUGAGGUGGCAGCCAUGGUGCUGAUUCUGGGCAGAAGGAUGACCAGGGAGGACUCUGGCAUCAAAGAUUCACCAGCUGUCAAACGCAAGGUAUUUGAGGUUGACUCCAAAACUUCUGCCAGCCAGGAUGUCUUGGACUUCUGUUCUGGCUCAUCCCACUCAGACGGCAUCCUGCAGGUUUUCAAUGAGUUUCGUGACAGCCGCCUGUUCACCGAUGUUGUCAUCAGCGUGCAGGGCCGGGAGUUCCCCUGCCACCGCGCCGUGCUCUCUGCCUGCUCCUCCUACUUCAGAGCCAUGUUCUGCAACGACCACCGGGAGAGCCGCGAGAUGCUGGUCGAGAUCAACGGCAUCCUAGCCGAGGCGAUGGACUCUUUCCUCACCUAUGUUUACACCGGCCGCGCCAAGAUCACCACAGAGAAUGUCCAGUUCCUCUUUGAGACUUCCAGCCUCUUCCAGAUCUACACACUGCGUGACGCCUGUGCCAAGUUUCUUGAAGAUCAGCUGGACCCUUGCAACUGCCUGGGCAUCCAGCACUUUGCAGAUGCUCAUUCCCUGAAGCAGCUAGCCAGCCGCUGCCGCAGUUACACCAUGGCCAACUUCUCAGAUGUGGCUCAGCAUGAGGAGUUCCUCGACCUUCGCAAGGAAGAGUUGGAAGAGUACACUGCCAAUGAUGAGCUGUGUAUCGGUAAGGAGGAGGUGGUGUUUGAGGCAGUGAUGAGAUGGGUGUACCACGGUGUGGAGCAGAGGAAGCCCAUGCUGAAGGCCCUGCUGCACCAUGUGCGGCUGCCCCUCCUGCACCCAAACUACUUUGUCCAGACAGUGGAAGGAGACCAGCUGAUCCAGAACGCUCCAGAGUGCUACCAGCUUCUGCACGAGGCCAGACGCUAUCAUGUGCUCGGAAAUGAAAUGAUGUCAUCCAGAACUCGUCCACGCAGGUCGACUGGCUUUUCUGAGGUGAUCGUGGUGGUGGGUGGUUGUGAGAGAGUGGGGGGCUUCAACCUGCCCUACACUGAAUGCUAUGAGCCAAUCACAGGAGAGUGGAGAUCACUGGCCAAACUACCUGAGUUUACCAAGUCAGAGUAUGCUGUCUGCGCCCUUCGCAACGACAUCCUGGUGUCAGGUGGUCGUAUCAACAGCAGGGACGUUUGGAUGUAUAACUCCCAGCUCAACCUGUGGAUCAGAGUGGCUUCUCUUAACAAAGGCCGUUGGAGACACAAGAUGGGCGUCCUACUGGGGAAGGUAUAUGCUGUUGGUGGCUACGAUGGGCAGAGCCGCCUGAGCAGUGUGGAGUGUUAUGACUCCUUCUCUAACCGCUGGACUGAAGUGGCUCCCAUGAAAGAGGCGGUCAGCUCUCCGGCCGUGGCCAGCUGUGCCGGCAAGCUGUUUGUCAUAGGAGGAGGACCUGACGACGAGACCUGUUCAGACAAGGUUCAGUGCUAUGAUCCAGAGGCAGACUCUUGGUUACUGCGGGCCAACAUCCCCAUCGCUAAGCGUUGUAUCACAGCAGUGUCCCUCAACAACAUGAUCUAUGUGUGCGGUGGUCUCACCAAGUCCAUCUUCUGCUACGACCCCAUAGAGGACUACUGGAUCCAUGUGGUUCACACCUUCAGCAAACAGGAGAGCUGUGGCAUGUCAGUGUGCAACGGCAAGAUCUUCAUCCUUGGUGGGAGAGGGGAAAAUGGCCUGACAAGCGACACCAUCCUGUGUUACGACCCGUCAUCGGGCAUCAUCACAGGAGUGGCCGCCAUGCCACGGCCGAUCUCCUACCAUGGCUGUGUCACCAUCCACCGCUACAAUGACAAGUGCCGCAGGCCCUGACCAUGAACAGGCAGAAACACAGAAACACACACUAAAGAACUUAAACCCUUCAAGUUCACUCUAAGCACAACACACACACACAAACACACGAUAACAUACUUGUUUAUAACAGGCCCACUUUGUCCAUUUUACCACUACCACACAUUUAUUUUCCCACAGCAUCGUGUAGCAAUACUUCUGGUUACUCAUGGUGGUGCUGUGAAUCUUUUGCAGUUGUGUAUCAAAGUUAAAUCCAAUCUGUAGAAAUUAACAUGGGUUGAUGAAGAGUUGUAUAUAACCUGAGCUAAAGUGGAGUCAGACCAACAUGGCAGGUGUGCCUUGCAUUAAGAGUAACUGCACAUUGUUGGGAAUUAACAGAUCAUAAAUGAUAGAAGUAAAGGCAUUUGAUUAUCAUAAAGGUAAAAUAAAUAGAAACAACUAUUUUAUUGAAAAUGUUGUGAGUACAUUUUAAUUUGAGAUUAAUGUCUAAUCCUAGGAAUUGUGUUUCUGUGGUAAAACAAUUAUAAACUCAAUUAUUUAAGAAAUAAAGUAAAGUCACUUAUUUGCUUCCAUAAUUGCAUUUUUGGUGGAUUCAAUUAAUGGGCGACAAUGUAUUAUAACAUUAUUCAGUUAAUUAAUAAUCAUUUAUUUAAUUACAAUAGUGGUUACAAGUAUUUUAACAGUUUGAAACUGAUCUACCCCACCCUGUGCUUUUAUUACUGUGCAAAGUAACCUCAUCCUGAGAUUUCUGAUGAGCUGAAUUUAACUCAGGUUGUGCUGAUGAACAAAAACCCUAGGGCAAAAAAAAAAUAAAUUGCCCUGACAACAAUGAGCCAAGAAUUAUCUACCUGCAGCAGAAGAAAUAUUUGUUGACUAACAAAUCAAAGAUCAAAGGCUUUAUUUGUCAUAUGCACAUAGUUUUGUCAAAGAAAAUCUUGAGUCUCAAGCUCCUCCAAUAGUGCAACAUUCAAUAUUCUUAAAGGUCCCAUGUCAUGGCCAUUUCUACUGAUCAUAUUUCCAUUGUUGAGGUCUACUAGAAUAGAUUUAAAUUGUGCAUUUGUUGUUGAUUUGGGUGUUCACAUGUCACAGAACCCAGGAAGCAAACAAUGGAAAAUUAGAAAUCUCCAAUGAGGCGUUCUGGGGCAGCAUAGACAGGUCUUUUCUGUGUUAGAGCUUUACUCCCUACAGGUUGUACUUUGAGGGUUUUUGACUCUGCAGACCGUUUACAUGCAUAAAAACCUUCAUAACACACAAGGGGACGGGUAAUAACCGGAAAAGCAUGACAUGGGCCCUUUAACUAAGUUGGCCAGGUCAGAUACUGUAUAACCAUGUACCCAAUGCACUCCAUGCAAUCCUUCAGAACAGUAGGCCUACAGCAUGGUAUCGCACUCCCUUUUUUUAACUCCUUUCUUGAUACUUAAAAUGACCUUGAUAAAAAUGUGGUAAACAGUCAGUCAGCUGCUCUUCCACGGUAUCAGUGGUUACAAGGUAAAGAGAAGAGAUCAAAUGUGGACACUGAACAAAAAUAUUGGAAUACAGCCACUGUUGUCUCUGCCCUCUUGUUUCCUUGUUCACUUCCCGUGUGCAUUUCCCUUCUCCUCCAGCUGUGUCAUCACCUCAAACUUCGGUGUUUUCUUUUUUGUUUUUGCUCUAUUUUAAUUAUUAUUACAUUCAUUACAGACUGUUUUAUUUUUUAAAUUAUCUUAAGUUAUACUUGUUUGUUUUUUUUACAAUUGGAUUUUUACUGUAUUUUGAGUAGCUUUAGUGUGUGUUUUUCAUAUCAAUGUUUGUUCAUUGAUGUACUUGGUGUAUGGGUGUUUUUUUUAGAUGUGAGAAGCCUUUGUAGAUCAAACUCAAAGACUGCUCUGAAUAAGUGGUGUGCAUGCUGGGUAUGUGUGUGUGUAUGUGACUUUUACGACUGAGUCUAAAUGUGUAGGAGCCAAAAAGUAUAUCAAUGAGUGUUAGUGUAAGCAUCACACGACUAACACUGAUGGUCACACUUCUCACCUCUGCACUUACAUGUAAAGAUGUAAUUUGGGGUACCUGUAGGUAUGUCAAAGUGUGCAUGUGUGUAUUUGUGUUUACUGGUAAGCUUAGGAGGUGUGUGUAGCAGUGCUGCACUCCACACAGGGAGAGGGUUAAGAGUUUUGAAUGGGACGUGUUUUGAAUGAUGUGGCUCACGGUGAGUAAAAGUCACCUUUUACUAUAGUAGGUGUUAAUAGACAAGAGAUAUUGCUGUGAAUAUAACUUUAUUAUGUUUUCUUUGUGUAUUUAAAUGUGCCUCUUUUUUGGUUGCAUAUUACGUUUUCUCGUAACUGAGGGCCCCAAUAGUGCACUUAAAUGUAGAACCUUAAGCCAAUGAUUUCCUUUUUGUUUUACUGUAUCAGUAAAUGUUCUUUGCUUUCAUGUGACGUAUGUGAGAGACCAGAAGGGAACCUUUAAGCUCCUCUUGUUAGCCAUUACCUGCUAAAUCUCUGAUGAAAAAACACAAUAACUGCUACAAUAGAACAAUGUCAAGAGUCAAUAAGAGAUCUUUGGCUUUACAUUGGAGGUUAAAAGGUUGGUUGUUUCUCACAAUACAGAGAGUGUUCUUCCAACUGUCACAAUGGCAAAAGCCAUCCUCCAGGCGUUAUCUCUAAUGAGCGCAACAUAAAUAUAGGUUGUAAAGAAACAUUCUCAGGCCUGCCCACAGUCCUUAGGUAACUUAACUGUACUGAAGGGUGACUCCGGAGACAAGAGGACAUUUGGGGGUAAGAAUGUGGUAGCGCAAAAGAGUCAGAAGGAGUUAAACAAAUGGUAAGUGAGGGAAAUAAUUUGAGUGUGUGUGCGUCACACAUAACAACACUAUAUGUUGAUUUAUUGAUUUUCAUUAUUUUCUAUGUAGAGGCCUCUAAACAUUGUUUACUUUGAUAAGAUUGUUCAUUGUUCUUAUCAAUUGAUCUGUGUUUCUUUCAUUUUGAUUGUUGUGGACAAGAGAAAUAUUUUGAUUCCCACAUGCAAAAAUGGCAUACCAACUCAAACCCCCAAAAGCGGACUGUUAAAGUUGAGUGAUGUAUUUUAAUAUGAAUGUAGUUAUAAACCAAAGUGGAUUAGAUUCAAGCACAAAGGUUACUUUGUUGUAAAAUGGCAAUGGAUAAACAAUGCUUGCAUGCAAGGUGGGGGGCUUGAGUUUGUUGAAUAAUGCCCGAUGUGCCUUAAUUAAAAAGAAUGACGAGUGGGGUAUUUAAUGAUAUCAUUUUGAUAUAAAUUGUCCUUAUUGAUGUAUGAUGUGAUAUUUUAACACCAUUUAUUCCUCAGACGCUCUUUGUUCAACUGCGAGAACGUUUUUGUAAACUGCAUAAUGUUGAAAUGUAAUGGUUGACUUGUGUAAGAGAAACAUCAAUAAAGUGUUUUCUUUCCGUAUCACUA